AUGGCAGUGCAAGCUAGUAUGGGGAUCAGUAGGAUUUUGUUUAUGCUUGGAACAGGGUGUACUGGUACAAUCUUGGUGCAGAAAGGACAAUUAUCUCAAAUACUGGGAUCACUUCAGUCAUACGUGAAGAGACUGGACGGGGGUUCAGAUGAUACGGAUCUUGUAUCACAGCUGAGUCAAAUAACAGCUGUGGUGCGACAAAUACAAUUGCAACGACCAGGAGUAACUAUGAUAAAUGGUUCUAAUGGAAGUUCAACUACACUUGUGCUGCCAAUUGCAUCUGCUGGAGCAUUGAUCUACGGAUAUAUGUGGUGGAAGGGUAUUUCAUUUUCAGAUCUCUCAUAUGUUACCAAGGAAAACAUGGCAGCUGCUGUUUCAAAUUUACAAGAGAGACUGGAUCAACUAACAUCUGGUCUAAAUGCGACAAAGAAAAAACUUAUGAACAAAUUAACAGGUAUGGAAGCGAAAAUGGAUGACCAGAACAAUGAGACACAAUAUCUUAAAAAACAAAUUAUUGAAAUGCGUGAGGAUUUCAUUCCGAUUGGUGACAAAUUGAAUCAUAUAGAAGCAGUUCUUUGUCACAUGGGAAACAAACUUGCCAUCAUGGAUACCAAGAUGGUUAGUGUUGGAUUCAAUUCCCGUCCACUGUGCUUGUAUUUUCUACAAUGUGUUUUUCUUUCUUUUUAUAAUACCUCCAGUCCAACAAAAGAAGCUGUGUUAACAGGAUAA